GACACGCAACUUUGAAAUCAAACAAAACUUUUUACCUUCAAAAAAGCCUUCAACAAAUCCGUGAAACGAUGAAUUUCUCCUUCGGAACACCGUCAAACACGUCAGCAGCGACAACAACAACUUCAAACACUCCCGGGUUUUCGUUUUCCGCAACGCCAGCAUCUGCCGCGACACAAGCAGCUCCAACUUUGUCACUGCAACCGGCAACGACGACAGCUACAAGUGCUCCAAAUGCCUCCGCACCCGCAGCAACCUUGGGAAGUGUCACAUCUACAGUUCAAUCCACAACUGGCACCGGUCAAGCCGCCUCAAGUCAACACAAUUUCUUCCAACUUGAGGAAUUUAUCAACAAAUGGACCUUGGAACUGAACGAACAAGAGAAAUUAUUCAUGAAUCAGGCGACACAAGUGAAUGCUUGGGACAAAGUUUUACUCGCGAACGGCGAUAAAAUCGUUUCGCUCAACGAAUCCGUCGAAAAAGUCAAAGCCGAACAAGAUGCUUUGGAACAGGAAUUGGAAUUUAUUACCGCGCAACAUGCCGAACUCGAAGAAUGUAUCGUGCCGCUUGAGCAAGAACUCGCCAAAAUUCCACAAGUUGAUAUCGAACGCGGGCAAACUUACAUGAUGGCUGAAACUUUGGAUUCGCAACUGAAACAAAUGCUCGAGGAUGUCAAAGAAGUCGUCGAACACUUGAAUGAGGCAAAUAAAUUCGCAGAUCCAAAUGACCAUAUCACGAAAAUUGGCAAAAUUUUGAAUGCGCACAUGAGUUCCUUGCAAUGGAUCGACAAAUCUACGGAAGAAAUCAACAAUCGCUUGGAGGAAAUCUCGAAGAUGCAUGAUACGAUCCGGAAAGACAACGAACGUUCAAUUCGUCUCACUUACUAUGAGUCUUAAUUCCUUUUUUUGUUGAAUAAAUUUAAUUUUUUUCUGUCUAAAAUUUA